ACAACAAUAACAACAAUGACGUCACGGGUGAAGGACGCGCUCGAGCCGACACCACGCGACCAGGACUGACAAGAUGGCGCCCCCAGUAGUACCAGCCGUAGUAGGUCCUGUGAAGGAGAGAUAGAUAAAGCCAUGCCUUUUGGGGUACACGUUUGGCAGUUCACCAUGUUGACUCUGGUGGACUGAAACCGUUCAGAGGACCCACACGGAUAACCCCCCCCCCCCCCCCCCCCCCCCCUUGGGGACCGGGCUGCGUGUCCAGGGACCCAGCGAGGCGGGCGGGAGGGCAGACCGGUGCGAUGGACAGGUGCAAGCACGUGGGCCGGCUCCGACUGGCCCCGGACCACUCCAUCCUCAACCCCCAGAAGUGGCACUGCCUGGACUGCAACACCACCGAGUCGGUGUGGGCCUGCCUGGGCUGCGCCCACGUGGCGUGCGGCCGCUACAUCGAGGAGCACGCGCUGCGGCACUUCCAGCUGCAGCGCCACCCGCUGGCCAUCGAGGUGAACGAGCUGUACGUCUUCUGCUACCUGUGCGACGACUACGUGCUGAACGACAACGCCACGGGCGACCUCAAGCUCCUGCGCAGCACCCUCGGCGCCAUCCAGAGCCAGCGCUACGAGGUGACCACGCGCAGCGGGCGCACCCUGCGCUCCGCCACCGGCGCCGCGCCGCCGCCGCCCUGCGGCGCCCGGGAGCUGCAGCUCCGCGACGAGGACCGCAUGUUCACCGCCCUCUGGCACCGGCGCCGCACGCUCAUGGGCCGUGUGUUCGGUGCGUGGUUCGCCCUGACGGAGGGCGGCCGGCGGCGGGAGGACGAGGAGACGAGGCGGGAGGACGAGGAGACGAGGCGGGAGGACGAGGAGACGAGGCGGGAGGACGAGGAGACGAGGCGGCGGGAGGAGGAGGAGACGAGGCGGGAGGAGGAGGAGACGAGGCGGGAGGACGAGGAGGAGAAGAGGCGGGAGAGGCUGGAGCGGCGGCGCUCUGUGAAGCGGCGGCUGCAGGCGGAGCUGGAGAGCGCCCCGCCCAGGAAGAGCCGGCGGCUGCGGCGCCAGAGCCAGAGGGCGGCCGACGCCGCCGGCCUGGCGUCGUUCUGCGAGGCGCGCCGAGGCGGCGGGAGCGCCGGCGUUCCCGCGGCCAACGGGACGCGGACCCGAAGCCCCCCCGCCGCCGCCCCCCCCCAGAAACAAACAGUCCGGUCCAAAAGGGUGGUACCCGCCGCCAAGACCCCCAGCGCCCCUUCCUCCAAACCCAAGCCAAAGCCCCGGGUGCCCCCCCCGGCCCCCCGCAAGACGCCCGCCAAACAGCCCGCCAAACAGCCCGCCAAACAGCCCGCCAAACAGCCCGCCAAACAGCCCGCCAAACAGCCCGCCAAGCCGUCGACCAAGCAGGGCGGUGCGCCCCUCAAGCGGCGGCCGGCGGUGACGCCGGGCGUGACCGGGCUGCGUAACCUGGGCAACACGUGCUACAUGAACUCCAUCCUGCAGGUGCUCAGCCACCUCCACGUCUUCAGGGAGUGCUUCCUGCAGCUGGACCUCACCCAGGCCCUGGAGCUGCUGGCCUCCGCCGUCCACGGUCGGCUGGCGGGGCCCGCCCCCCCGCGGCCCCCGCCGCCGCCGGCCCACCGGAGGGGCCUCCAGGCCAGCGGGGGGGGCGGCGGCGGCGGCGGCGGCGGCUGUGGCGCCGGGCUCAGCGGGGGGUCGUCGCGGGCCCGCAGCAUGGAGCUGGUGCAGCCCAUGGAGCCCAGCUCCAAGCACAUCUCGCUGUGCCACGAGCUGCACACGCUGUUCCAGGUCAUGUGGUCGGGCAAGUGGGCGCUGGUGUCGCCGUUCGCCAUGCUGCACUCGGUGUGGCAGCUGAUCCCCGCCUUCCGCGGCUACGCCCAGCAGGACGCCCAGGAGUUCCUGUGCGAGCUGCUCGACAAGGUGCAGCGGGAGCUGGAGACCACCGGCGGCGGCGGCGGGGGGGGUGGGCCCGGGCCCGUGCCCCCCCCCGGCGGCGUGCCGCACACGCAGAAGCGCCUCAUCAGGCAGGUCCUGAACGUGGUCAACAGCAUCUUCCACGGGCAGCUGCUCAGCCAGGUGACCUGCCUGGCCUGUGACUACCAGUCCAACACUGUGGAGCCCUUCUGGGACCUGUCGCUGGAGUUCCCCGAGCGUUACCACAGCAACAGCAGGGAGUCGGCUGCGCAGGUGUCAUGCCGGCUGACCGAGAUGCUGGCCAAGUUCACGGAGACGGAAGCGCUGGAGGGGAACAUCUACGCCUGCGACCAGUGCAACACAAAGCGCCGUCGCCUCUCCUCCAAACCCGUCGUCCUGACGGAGGCUCAGAAGCAGCUGAUGGUCCACAAGCUGCCUCAAGUUCUCCGGCUGCACCUCAAACGCUUCAGGUGGUCGGGGCGGAACCACCGGGAGAAGAUCGGCGUGCACGUGCGCUUCGACCAGCUGCUGAACAUGGAGCCCUACUGCUACCGGGACCCCUCCCCCGGCGGCCCGCCCUGCCCCGGCCCCCCCCCCGCCGCACCCUCAAAACACUUCCUCUACGAGCUCUCCGCCGUGGUGAUGCAUCAUGGGAAGGGCUUCGGCUCCGGCCACUACACGGCCUACUGCUACAACAAGGAGGGCGGGUUCUGGGUCCACUGUAACGACUCCAAGAUGAACGUGUGCGGCGUGGAGGAGGUGUGCCGCGCCCAGGCCUACAUCCUCUUCUACACCCAGCGCGCCUCUCAGGACAAAGACCGGCCGCUGUAGGGUCCGGCCGUCAGCCCGCCGGGUGACAGCCCCCCCGCUGAAGAACUCCACCAGGCCUACCGCCUCCACCCAACCACCAGGCCUACCAGCUUGACCCAACCACCUGCUGAAGGCCUACCGCCUCCACCCAUCCUCCUGCUGAGGCCUACCGCCUCCACCCACCCACCUGCUGAAGGCCUACUGCCUCCACCCACCCACCAGGCCUACCGCCUCCACCCAUCCACCUGCUGAAGGCCUACCGCCUCCACCCACCCACCUGCUGAAGGCCUACUGCCUCCACCCACCCACCAGGCCUACCGCCUCCACCCAACCGCCUGCUGAGGCCUACCGCCUCCACCCAUCCACCUGCUGAAGGCCUACCGCCCCCGCCCAUCCACCUGCUGAAGGCCUACCGCCCCCUGCUGGUUGACGCUGGGCCCUCCCUCCUGCGGCAUUUUCUUUUUUUUUUUAUUCUGGAGCGGAUUCUAUCGAAAAAUAUUUUACAUAAAAGAAAUUAAGAGACUCGAGGACCCCCCCGGUUCUGCUUUGUGACGGAACAGUGUUUUAUAUUUCCUAAAUUCUGUUUGGCGCUGAAAGGCGCCCGGUGUCGAUAGUGUACAGCUGUAUUUUGAUAAAGAUUAUCAGCCGCGCGGUGCUGUGACAGUGUCCGUCUGGAGACGUGCACGGCUGUAUCGGGGCCGCCUGGUUUUUAUUGUUAUUGAUCAUGCAUUUGUUUUGCAUGCGUUGGCUUCUUGGUUGUACAUACUCUUUGGGAAGGAAAGUGAAUUAUUAUUUUUUUUUUUAUAGUCACUUUAGCUUAAGUCGACGCAAAACUGGAUGUAGACCGAGCUGUUAUUCACCCCUUUAUCACGUGCCGACUGUUAUCUGGAUUGCUUUUCUGAGUUGGAAUAGGGGGGGGUGGCCUAUUGUCUUCCGGUGACACACUAGGUGCGUUUCCAUACCCCUAAUUUAAUGCGAACUUUGAAGUAUCGAAUCAGUAAACACCAAAAUUCGCAACAAAAUCCUCUAAUUCGCAAAAAAGUUUAUCCGCUCGCUUGAGGUGGUUUGAGAAAUGCGAAACAGUAAAUUCGCAAAAUUAGAGAUGGAAACACACUUUGCGAAUCAGCUGUGACGUAGCGAACUUUGAACACAGGACUGACAGUCUUUCCGAUUUCCGCACAUCAACGUGUAACGUCAUCACCCUAUUCCGCUCCAACCACUUGAUGGAAACGCACCUAAUUCAAAUUAUUUUUGCGAACUUUCUAAAGAUUCGCAUCACCUUUUAGAUGGAAACGCAGCUACUGACCCGAGCCACUUCUGUGUCGACGGCCUGAGGUUGGGUAGUCUCGGCCAAGGUUUAGAUGUCUGGUGAAGUCGCUCUUGUGACUCCUUGUAGAAACGCACAAAUGUCUAAGGAGCGGUUGAGUGGCCGUCGUCCUCUGUCCUUUAGUCUGGACCCCUGUCAGCCAGACCCACCUCCCCUCGAACCAUCGAACCCCAACCCGCACAGAAGUACUUCAAGGUCCGUCAGGGCACCGCGCGGUUGGCUGACCUCAAACCAAUGCGAGGUGAUUAUUUUUUUUAUAUAUUUACGUUUUUGUUGCGCAGUAGAAGGUUCAGUAAUGUCCAGGGGAUAUGAUCGACUCUGCUGCCCCUUACCAGUGUAAGAAUGUGAAUCGUCUUCAUCUCCCCCCCCAAAAAAAAACAAGUGCCCAUUCAUCUGUUGAAGUCUUUAUUUUUUUAUAAUUCCUCUUUCAGUAUAAUGAAUGUUCAUAUCAAUAGCUGGCCUGGUUCCGGCUGCAGUCCCUCCCUGACCAGCAUUUGGAAUACGAAUGUAUUUUUAAUACAAUCCGUUGAGGCAGUGAACUAUUUUUAAAGUGUUUUAUACAGUGAUUGAAUCAUGGACCCUCUUGAAUGUUUGAUCCACACCAGCAGAUAAGAAAGGACUAAACCGAAAAUGUCUGUUCUCCAGCCACAUGUGCGUCUUGGGCUGUUGGUAUGACCGCGUGCACCUUUGAGUAAACCUCUAAUUGGUCCUGCUGUGUCCAUGUUUUAAAUGGCAGUGAGUCAACUACAUAAAGGAAAACGGUGCUCCUCAAUCCCCUUUUAUAUCAAUGUUUUUAAACCCUUGUCAUUGAUUCCCUUCAUGAAUGUGGGUUGGUAUGUGUGCGUGUGUACAACGAUCGAAGUUAUACUAUGCAAUUUGUUACCUCAAAGUUUUUUUUUCUAGAGAAAAUUACCUCAAUAAAAAUGGGAAUAUUUUUUCAUUUUUUUAA